GUCUGAGGGGUAGAGAACAGAACUCCACUAGGAGUCGGUCGGGUGGGGAUAAGUGCCCGCGUUCCUAUGGGGUCGAGCCCUUGGCGAGCCUCAUUCCGGCCGCGCUGUCCACAGACCCAGCGAUCCGCCCGCCUGGGCGGCUCCACCCGAGGCCCCGCCCCGUGACGCGAGGUCCAGCCCCCGCAGCGCCCGCUUCCAAGAUGGCUCCAGCGAUUCUUGCCCGGCUGUCGGGGUGGCAGUGACGACGGGAAGCAGAAAGCCAGCUGGGAAACCGGCUUCACCCAGAUCCUGAUCUCUGCCGCUCUGCGGGUGGCUGGCUAUCCUUGACCACUUCUGUUCCAGCUGGUCCCAAGAUCGCUGUUGGAGUGCUGGAUGGAGCCUUUCUCUGUCCUCUGUGAUAUUUCCAAUUUUAUAUAAUGCCUCACAUCUCUGCUCCCCCGGGACCCCCUGGAGCCCCAAUGAUCCCGAAGAAGACCGCUUGAACCUAGGUGAGUCUAUCUCUCCCCUCUCUAAAUUGGAAGGGAGGUUCUCCAGAGAGUCUUCUGAAAUGGCUUUGGGACACGAAUGAGGUAAGCAUUCUUGGGGGUGGGGACUGAGAGUUGGUGGUAGGAGUGGCUUGAGGAAGGGGUGGAGGAAAGUGAAACUGGGGCUGGAAGUAACAGGUGGUAGGGCUGCUGGUGGUUACAUACUAUUUCUUUCCAUACACUUGUGUGCUUCCUUCUGUGACUUUGUUUUUUGCCUCUUUUUCCUCUUUACCCCUGGCACCACCUUUAUGCCUACCCGAUGAUUUCUCUGCUGGCUUGCUCUUUUCCUGCUUGCCCUGGAACUCUCCCCUCUCUCCAGACCUCAACCCAGGAUGUUGCGGAGGCUGCUGGAGCGGCCCUGCACACUGGCCCUGCUUGUGGGCUCCCAGCUGGCCGUCAUGAUGUACCUGUCGCUGGGAGGCUUCCGAAGCCUGAGUGCCCUAUUUGGCCGAGAGCAGGAGCCAACUUUUGACUAUUCUCAUCCCCAUGAUGUCUACAGUAACCUCAGUCACCUGCAUGGGGCCCCUGUUGCCCCAGGGGGCCCUCCAGCACCUCAAGGUCUGCCCUACUGUCCAGAACGAUCCCCUCUCUUAGUGGGUCCCGUGUCCGUGUCCUUUAGCCCAGUGCCGUCGCUGGCAGAGAUUAUGGAGAGGAAUCCCCGGGUGGAACCAGGGGGCCGGUACCGCCCUGCAGGGUGUGAGGCCCGGUCCCGAACAGCCAUAAUUGUGCCCCACCGUGCCCGAGAGCAGCACCUGCGCCUGCUGCUGUACCACCUGCACCCGUUCCUGCAGCGUCAGCAGCUUGCUUAUGGCAUCUAUGUCAUCCACCAGGCUGGAAAUGGAACAUUUAAUAGGGCAAAGCUGCUGAAUGUUGGGGUGCGGGAGGCCCUGCGUGAUGAAGAAUGGGACUGCCUGUUCUUGCAUGAUGUGGACCUACUGCCAGAGAAUGACCACAACCUGUAUGUGUGCGACCCCCGAGGACCCCGACAUGUUGCUGUUGCCAUGAACAAGUUUGGAUACAGCCUCCCGUACCCCCAGUACUUUGGAGGGGUCUCGGCGCUCACUCCUGACCAGUACCUGAAGAUGAAUGGCUUCCCCAAUGAAUACUGGGGCUGGGGUGGUGAGGAUGAUGACAUUGCUACCAGGGUACGCCUCGCUGGGAUGAAGAUUUCUCGCCCCCCCACAUCUGUGGGACACUAUAAGAUGGUGAAGCACCGAGGAGAUAAGGGCAACGAGGAAAAUCCCCACAGAUUUGACCUCCUGGUCCGUACUCAGAAUUCCUGGACACAAGAUGGGAUGAACUCACUGACAUACCGAUUGCUGGCUCGAGAGCUGGGCCCUCUCUAUACGAACAUCACAGCAGACAUUGGAACUGACCCUCGGGGUCCCCGGACUCCCACUGGUCCCCGUUACCCACCUGGCUCCUCCCAGGCCUUCCGUCAAGAGAUGCUGCAGCGCCGGCCCCCAGCCAGGCCUGGCCCUCUGCCUACUGCCAACCACACAGCUCCCCACGGUUCACAAUGACUCCUCUUUAAUCAUGAAAGUGUAUCUUGCCCACCUUAAUCACAAAACCGAAUCAGAGGGGUUGUAUUCUCCCCACCCUCAGCUCCUCACUGCUUUUAGAGGGAUGUGGGGGGACUAACUCCAGUACUGUGCUGGGGGCAGGGGCCUCUCCUCACUGCUGGACUGGAGCUGGGCUCCUCUAGCCCUAGGGGUCCCCCUUUCUUGGGUCACCUGCCAGGGCUUAUGACUGUGAAUCCUUGAUGUCAUGAUUUUAUGUGACGACUCCUGGGAGUCCCCUGCCCAUAGGCAGGAGCAGGGCUGGACCCCAAAUCCCUUCCUCUUCCAUGGAGAGAAGAGCGAUCUGGCUUCUCCCGGGACCUCUGUGAAUAUUUAUUCUAUUUAUGGUUCCCAGGAAGUGUGUUUGAAGGAAGCCCCUCCUUGGGUAUUUCAUCCAGUGCUGGAGUAGCUCCCUCUUCUGGACCUGGCUCAGGGGCCUGGGAUUUUGAUAUAUUUUCUAAUAAAGGACUUUGUCUCGC